AUGGCUUCAGAGAUCAACAUGCCAGGCCCAGUGUGCCUCAUCGAGAACUCUGACCUGCAGUUGGUGGCCAACCAGGAAGCUCUGGAUAUCCUGUCUGCUAUCAAGCAGCCUGUGGUGGUGGUGGCAAUAGUGGGCUUCUACCGUACAGGAAAAUCCUACUUGAUGAACAAGCUGGCUGGAAAACAGAAUGGCUUCUCUCUGGGCUCCACGGUGCAGUCUCACACCAAGGGGAUCUGGAUGUGGUGUGUGCCUCAUCCCCAGAAGCCAGGACACACCCUAGUUCUGCUUGAUACUGAGGGCCUGGAAGACAUAGGGAAGGGAGACAACCAGAAUGACUGCUGGAUCUUUGCCUUGGCAAUCCUCCUCAGCAGCACCUUCAUCUACAACAGCAUGGGAACCAUCAACCAGCAGGCCAUGGACCAGCUGCACUAUGUGACAGAGCUGACUGAUCUAAUCAAAUCAAAGUCAUCACCUGAGCAGAGUGACAUAGCUGACUCAGCUAACUUUGUGGGCUUCUUUCCAAUCUUUGUGUGGACCCUGAGGGAUUUCUCUCUGGAGCUGAAAGUUAAUGGAAAACCUAUCACUCCUGAUGAGUACCUGGAGAGUUCACUGAUUCUGAAAACAGGAACUGAUGAGAAAACUAAAAAAUUUAAUGAGCCUCGGCUAUGCAUCAGGAAGUUCUUCCCACAGAGGAAGUGCUUUGUGUUUGACAGGCCUGCUCCAACAAAGCAACUUUCUAAACUAGAAACAGUUGCAGAAGAAGAGCUGAGUGAAGACUUUGUAGAACAAGUUGCAAAAUUCACCUCAUACAUCUUCAGCUCUUCUGGUGUCAAGACUCUGUCUGGUGGCAUCACGGUCAAUGGACCACGUCUACAGAGCCUAGUGCUGACCUAUGUCAAUGCCAUCAGAAGUGGAGAACUACCCUGCAUGGAGAAUGCUGUUCUAGCUUUGGCCAAGACAGAGAACUCAGCUGCAGUGCAAAAGGCCAUUGAGCACUAUGAAGAACAGAUGAACCAGAAGGUCCAACUGCCUACGGAAACUCUCCAGGAGCUGCUGGAGCUGCACAGGCCCAUUGAGAGAGAGGCCAUUGAAGUCUUCAUGAAGAAUUCUUUCAAGGAUGUAGACCAAAAGUUCCAGAGGGAAUUAGGGGUAAGUCUGGAUGCGAAGCUGGAUGCCUUUAUUAAGAAGAACAUGGACGUGUCAUCAGCUCGUUGUUCAGAUUUGCUGGAGGGGAUCUUUGGUCCUCUGGAAGAAGAAGUGAAGCAGGGGACAUUUUCUAAACCAAGAGGUUACUACCUCUUUCUUCAAAAGAAACAAGAGCUGGAGAAAAAGUAUAUCCAAGCUCCUGGAAAAGGGCUCCAGGCUGAAGAGAUGCUGAAAAAGUACUUUGAGUCGAAGGAGGAUGUGGCUGAAACACUUCUAAAAACAGAUCAGUCACUCACAGAAAAGGAAAAGGAGAUAGAAGCGGAACGUAUAAAGGCUGAAGCUGCAGAGGCUGCAAACAGAGAAUUGAAGGAAAUGCAAAAGAAGCUUGAGCUGAUGAUGGAAGAGAAGGAAAGGAGUUACCAGGAGCAUGUGAAACAGCUGACUGAGAAGAUGGAGAAGGAACGGGAGGUGAUGAGGGCAGAACAAGAAAGAAUCAUAUCUCUUAAACUUAAGGAGCAGGAACGGCUUCUCAAGGAAGGAUUUGAGAAUGAGAGCAGGAAACUGCAUCAAGAGAUCGAGAAAAUGAAGAACAGUGGGUCUUCAUGCACCAUACUCUAAAAUUCAAACCAACUAAACCUCUAUGACAUAAUUUGCAAGUCUCUAAGUAUAAUUGACUUGUACAAAAAACAGAA